AUAUGAAAAAUCACUCUUUGAUACCUAUUCAUAUUUGACCCUCGUCCCUUCAUUCAUUCAUUCAAUCGUUCUCUCGUACGUUCACCUGAUUUAUUUUUUUUUUCUGUUAAUGUAAUUUAUUAUUCAAGUUUGCCAGUGCAGUCCGGUAUCAGUGAUUGUUUCAUUCGAAGCGCGUUCAUUUACGCGAUACUUAUUUCAUUUGUUGUGUCCUAGUUCAUUCGAUAAAUAUCUCACAUUUCACAUUAAUUUUCCGUCUUCUCGUAGCUUUUCUCCACUCGUUAUUUCCAAUUGUUCUCUCCGUCUUUUUUCCGCCCCUUCGUGCAUCUUUUGUAUAUUAUUCGACCAGGUAACUAAUUUUGUAUGCUUCAUUUUCUCUAUAGUUCUAUCAAUACUUAAAAUCCCCACUCCGGCACUUUAAAUUUUUUCAUGUUUAACCACAAUUUGCGUCGCUUGCAUCCGACGAUCUAAUAUCUGUUUUUGACGAGCAACUGGGAAGUCAUUGAUAGAUAGUUUCAGCCUUAUGAGAUUCAUGCACGUACUUUCUGAUUUAGAUAAAUCAGUACAUCAUCACGAGGUCAGCAGUUUUGAAAUUUGCACGGCAUGCUCAGUAACUUUAACUUUAAUUUGUGUUUGUGUUUAUAUCAUAAUGUUUUUUAUUAUUAAGUUAGUUUAGGUUAAAUAUAUUCUUGCGUGUCUUGAGUCAGUCUUAAGCUUCACUCGUGCCAUAUUUGGAUUUGACUAACUUCAAGUCAAUUGAGUAUUGACAUUUCAACCCCCCCUCCCACACGUGAUGGUCUCUCACCACUUUAUCUCUAAAGCAGACGGGCACUCAACUCAAAGCUUGGUUUGUGCUGACUCGUAGUUAAAGCAGAGGUCAAUUUACUUCAAAUGCAACAAUACUAUAUUACUUCAAAAAGCACUAAUUUUCAUGCACAAACUUGAAUAUGUUGAAAGAUAAAUAUCAUUUUCCGGUGUCUCGAGGAAAUUGAUGUUAUCACAAAUUGCUUUCUGUGCCGAGUAUCAGAAUACGUCAGAAUACGAUUGCAUUAAACGAAAAUAUGGAGUUCUCGGGGGGAACGAGUUAUGUAAUAAAAAUCACAGCUCACAAAGUUGCUCCUUUUCAACUGAAACUGGCUUCCAUCCAAACUUUUAAGAGUCGAAAUGGCAAGCUGUCAUGUUUUGUACUUCCUGCAAUAUUUUCUAAAAAGCAUAUAAAUGAUUAAAGCCGAAUUAUAUUGGUUACUGAUUAUGGAAUUACUUACUUUUAUAACAGUAUUAGAAUAAAGUAGGAUUAAUCGCCAUUUUAUUGCGCUGAUAAAGCUUACUGUCUGCUUCUCUACCUGUCAUUUAUAUCAUUUUACUUUAGGCAAGUGCCAACACCAUUUGUCAUCUUUUGUGAGCUUUGAGUCGUUGGUCUCAACAAUGAAUGAUUCUUUGAACGACAGCACCACCUUAUCCGCCAACAUCUCAGUAGAAGAUUGUUCUCUCCCUGUAGCUCAUGGCAUCGCUCUUAUUUCCACAAAUGCUUUCGUGGGGUUGUUUGGAACACUUGGUAACCUACUGGUGUGCUUGGCAGUUGUCAUAUAUCCUCGCUUACGCCGACCAUCCAACUACCUUCUGUUCAGUUUGGCCAUCGCUGAUUUGAUCGUCACCAUGGCGUGCGAGCCCCUUGUUGUGGCAAUCUUCACUAAAAGGACGUUUUUCAACGACUGUGCACUAGACUUGGAACUCCCAUACGUGAUUUUAUCUAUGCUUUCGUGCUCUGCUUCUGUACUACAUAUGGCGGCAAUCAGCAUCGAUCGUUUCAUCGCAGUUGUGUUUCCCCUGCACCACAGAGCCAUGUCAGAUACCUGCGGAUUAAAAGCAAUGUUGAUAACGUGUUGGGCAUAUCCAAUCUCAGUUCCCAUCUUAAGCGCCGUUGUUCCACCAACCUUUCCAAAAGAUAUUUUUGCUUUGUUGAUGUUUGCAAUCAGUUACGGAAUUAUUUUCUUGUCUUACUCACUUAUCGUGAUUUCCCUCGUCAGACAUAAAAGACAAGAAAAGCAACUUGAAAUGCGCCGAAAUAGUAAUACUAGUCAUCAGACUCACGUUGAAAUCCGAGUGGCCUCCACCCUUGGGAUCGUAAUUCUUGUUUUCACAGCAUGCUGGCUUCCGUUCGUCGUAGUGCUUUAUGCAACAGGACGCCUUUUGAUCAAGAAGCACGGAGUUGCCUAUAUGUGGAUCAGGACCUUGGCUCUUUCAAACUCUGCCAUUAACUUCUCUAUAUAUGGUUCAAGAAUGCAGAACUUCCGUGAAGCGUUCUCUGCAACUGGACGAAAAGUUCUGGGUGCUUUCACUAGACAAUGUUCCCGGACCCAAGUGUAUGAUUUGAACGUAAGCAAGACCCAGUCCUCUAGUUCGAGAUGAUAACAAUUCAGAACCACCUCCCCACCAUGAGUAGAAGAAUCCAACGCACCAACAGUGGAAAAGUCUUGCAAGCAUUUUCACUACAUCCUUUCUCGGGAUAAUUAAGGAAAACCAGAAGACUGAGUUUGGUGGUGGUGUUUUAU